CAUGGUCCAGGGUCUUCCAAGAUUUCCCUCCUAAAUUGCAAUGCCAAGCUGCUGUGGUUUGUGGGACUUGUACCAUGUGCUGGUGAACCUGUGGGGCCGGAGGCACUGUGAGGUGCAGCUUCUUGAUGCUGUUUGCAUGGGCCGUGAUAAGUGGCUGGGUGGCGAACUGGGUCAAGAUGGCUGCGUGUAUGGCAUUCCAGGAAGUGCUUCCAGAGUGCUAAAGAUCACACCGAGCACAAGAGAGGUGGAACUUUGUGGUCCUGAGAUGACUGGUAAGUUUAAGUGGUUGCGUGGCAUUUCGCUCGACGGCUGCAUCUACGGCCACGAAGCGUCGAAGUCGCCAGAGCUCCGUCAAGCGAGGAAGCUUCGAAGGAACAAAGUCGUAUAUAUCCAGAAACUCAGAAGCUGCGCUGUAUUCAGACGAGUGCGUUGUUCGAGUCCGUGCACAAUCAUGAGAUCCAACUUGCCAGGAGUGCCGACGAACUCAGCCCAAGUCCUGCAGAUCACGUGUGCCACUGGGCAGGUUGAUUUGAUUGGUGAGGUCUUCAAAGGUGACUGGAAGUGGCAUGGUGGAGUCUAUUGUCCUCAGGACCAAAGCAUCUAUGGAAUUCCAUGCAAUGCGGAGUGUGUUCUCAAGAUCUCCAAGGGCUCCGUGACCACUUUUGCACAUGAUUCGCCUGUGCUCAAGGGGCGG